AUGGUGACAUUCGGUGGGAAUCACUCUUGCAACUUUCAUACAUUCGACUAUACGUAUUCACACUCACAGACUUUUUCAGAAAAUAGCUCCAACAGCGCACAACUAUGGACACCUUGUGAACUUUCAUAUUUGGGUGCCAUUUCAGAUAUUCGGGAAAUUGACGUUCAAACAAAAGAAAGUGCACCUUUUAUGACUUCUUCAGAAAAUGCUGAAUAUUGUUUCAGACCUGAAAAUGAGUUUCCUGAAGCGUAUAACCUUUCACCAGCUGUCAUGGAAUCAACUGGUGUGGACGAGGAAAAGCAAAGAAUGUCAUGUGUAUACGAUCUGAUUUAUGCGACAGGUAGUGAAAAAGAUGAGAUGUCACGUCAUGAGAACAAAUGGCUGUCUUUGAAUAAUGAUAAAAUAAAUUUUACGGAUUCUGUAUGGACAGGUCAUUCAGAUGAUUACAAUAUCUCUGAACCAAGAAAACUAAUUGUGAAUCCUGAUUUCCUACCAGGAAGUAAUGAGCCAGGAAAGGGCAAGAUACACGUCUCGGAGUAUAUAACUGAUGAACAUACUUCACUUGAAAUGCACUCUAAUGUUUACAAUAAGAGCGAGAAAAUAACCUUCAACUUGAAGGAACAUAUUUCUUCUAAAACAUAUAACAAUGCUGUGGCUGGACCUUCAGGGAUGUACCCUCGAAAGAAGAAAUUUCCUUGCCCAUUAUGUCCGAAGGAAUUCAAUCAAAAAUGUAAUCUCGACAGUCAUUAUAGAACCCAUACUGGCAAUAUGGUGACAUUCGGUGCAACUUGCAACAACAUCACUCUUGCAACUUUCAUACAUUCGACUAUACAUAUUCGGGAAAUUGACGUUCAAACAAAAGAAAGUGCACCUUUUACGGGUUCUUCAGAAAAUGCCGAAUCUUGUUACAUACCUGAAAAUGAUUUUGGCGAAGCUUAUUGCAUUUUAGCAACUGCUAUGGAAUCAACUGCUUUUGACGAGGAAAAGCAAACAGAAUCAGGUAUAUCCGUUCCAAUUCAUGACCCCAGUCGCGAACAAGAUGAGAUAUCAUGUCAAGAGAACAAAUGGAUGUCUCUGAAUAACGAUAACAAAUAUAUAAUGGAUUCUGUAGAAUGUGCUAUCAGAACAGGGCAUUCAGAUAAUAGCAAUAUCUCUGGACUGAGUAAUUUAGUUGUGAAACCUGAUUUCAUAUCAGGAAGUAAUGAUGUUUUGGAGUAUGUAACUGAUGAACAUACUUCACUUGAAAUACACUCUAAAGUUUACAGUAAGGGCGAGAAAACGGCGACCAUCGUAAAGGAACAUAUUUCUUCUAAAACAGAUAACAAUGCUGUGGCUGGACCUUCAGGAAUGUGCCCUCAGAGGAAGACAUUUCAUUGCAAAUUAUAUCCGAAGGUAUUCAAUCAAAAAUAUCAUCUGGACAAUCAUUAUCAAACCCAUACUGGCGAAAAGCCUUUUGUAUGUGAAUUAUGCGGAAAAGAAUUUUCUCAGAAAGGAAGUCGCGACAGACAUUAUAGAACACACACUGGUAAUAGACCUUUCGUGUGCGACUUCUGCAAUAAAGGUUUCGUUCAAAACUCUGACCUUAAAAUACAUAUUCGGACCCAUACUGGAGAAAGACCUUAUAAAUGUCCAACUUGUGGAAAGACAUUCACAAACCGCAGCGUUUGCAAAAUGCAUCACAAGAGAAAACACGAGUGAAAUCAAUCUGCAAAUUACAGAAAUAAUCAUUUUAAUCUUGUAUGAAACUACCUCGCAUUUUUAACCGAAAUGAAACAAUUUUAUCUCAAAAUUGUUACAAUUUUGUUUUUAAAAUCACAGUAUAAUUUUUACUAU